AGAACAUGUGCAGGAUUUCCAGGAACUGCAGGUCACUUUCAGCAGGACAUGGAUGUGAGUUGCUGGUUGCAUUGAUUUUUUUCUAACUUGACUUCCUUUUAUAGAGCAUUUUCACAAUGGCAUCAUGGUUGCUAUAUUGGUGCUCCAAAACAAUGAAAUGACAGCCAUGUUGGCUUACAAAGCCAUUCCUUUGGGAUAGUUGAACUCUUUUUUUAUGUGAAAAUACUGGAUGGAUGCCAUGUUUUGUUUUGUUUUCAUGUGCCGUAUAAUUAGUCCUUGAAUCUAAACCAUAAUAUUCAGGGAUGUCGCUAAGGAAUAGCUAAGCAGGCUUCUUCAUUAGACAAGCCUGCUUUUUCACUCAUUUUAUGCAUUCUGCUGUAUUUAUUAACAGCUUUAAUUUACUGAUCAUUGUUCAUUCAAUCAGACAUUUGCCAGCUGGGGUGUGGAUUAUCUUAAACUAGAUGGAUGCAAUUCAGUUGAGGCAAAAUUUGGUACACUUUAUCCAGAAGUGACUGUGGCUUUAAACAAGACUGGUCGUCCUAUCGUAUUUUCUUGU